AUGAAUAUGAAGAAUAUAUUGGAAAAAUAUAUUGAUGAGGAAUGUGAAGAAGAUAAUAAUGAAGAACAUGAAGACACCUAUAAUGAUGAUAAUACAGAAGAACAAUCUAUUGAGGAACUGAUAGCAGAGGAGAAACUAAAGAAUUAA